AUGACUGUAAGUGGUAUAGCGUUAUGGAAGUAUCCCAGCAUCGGAACAACUUAUCUCCGGCAGCGCGCCUGGAGAAAGCGCGGACUUUUGGAUGAUCAGUCCGUUGAUCGCAAAGCUCAGCUCCUCUCACUGCCCUCAAGGGCUACGUACAAGGAAUUGACGGCUAUCCACCCCAAGGCACCGGUCGCCUACGUUUGUCAUAUACUUACCAUUCACGAAAUCAAACGAACCCCUGCUGGCCCCUGCCAUCACUUCGUGUGUUCGUGUUCGCCCUCGUUGCGCAUCCUCCUGCGCCUUUUGACCUCGAGCGCGUCCGCCGACUCCACUCAACCGCAAGUCAAAUACCUCGUGGGUAUUGACUUGUUCGCAUCACGCAUCGCUGUCUCCUUCUUGACGACCGUUCCAAUCAGCUUGAAGGAAGCCGAUAGGGACUCUCGCCCUUUAUCCAUCUCCGAGGCGGUUAUAAUCCCACGCAGACUCGACUUCGAGGCCGCGCCAAUUCCGUUCAAAAUCCUUUCCCGAAGCCUGCUCCUGGCAGCCAAGCGCAAAUUGUGCCAUUGA